AUGGGCCAUGAAUCAGUAGACUCACGGUCGUUUUCACAAUUGUCUGGUCGACUCGACAAUUUUCUGUUCCAGCGUGGAUUUGAGCAAGGUUACUGCUCAGAUAUCACGGUUCUGGCUUUCGGAAACGCGUAUGCUCUCCAUAAAAUAAUCCUUGAUCAGUCCCCAUUCUUUUCUGCGAUGUUUGAGGGCGACUGGUUGGAAAGCAAAUGUUCUGCCAUUGAUUUGCACUUUGAUGAAGACGAAAUGAUCACUUUGGAGGGUUUUCUAUGUUGUUUAAAGUACCUGUAUAGCCGGAUUGACCUUCCAACGACUUUCUCGGAGCUCUAUACAGUAAUUGCUACGGCGUGUUACUUGGGUUUGGAUGACCUUGUUUUACAAUGCGUACAGGAACUGCUACGACUCACACAUUCAUUAUCAGACAUGGCCUCUCAUUUAGACUUUGCGGUGAACGCUGGAAAAGAUUACGGUCCUACUACACAAUUACUCAUUGAGGUGUCUAAAGUAAUGCUGUGUCGGGAAGGCAGUGAUGCGCCCUUGGAGGUUUGGGUUCGAUUUCCCAUUCUUAUAACAGCAAGUGUACUUAGUGCAGACGCUUUUUUCGUGACCGAUGAGUGGACUCGAUACUGCAUCACCAGAGAACUUUUCGCUUUUUACGAACACACCGAGGGUGCGGGCUGUUUACGGUCUGUUUUGGCUUAUGGAGUUCAUUAUAUGCAUUUAACGUUUGCUCAGCGUCUCAAAGUAAUGCAAGACCGUGAUUCCGACGGACACCCACUUGUGCCAGCACAUGUUUUAUACCGCUCACACUGGCUCUCAGAUGAGCUGCAGCAUAUAAUUACACACAACGACGAGCAUUCGCCAUCUCUCAAUCUCUGCAUAAAUGCAGCAGUAGACAAUGAAGAGCAGACGGAAGUUUCCCAAAAAUCCCCUCUCCCACAACCCAGCAUGUCCGACAUAUACUAUGAUGUUCCGCAACACGAUGAUACCGCUAUCUCUGAACUAUCCUUCCCUAAUUACAAUAUCCCUUUUCACAUCGGUGAGCACGCAGUCUACGACGAUGCCAGACAGGGGGACAUUUUCCGGCCAUCCAAACAUUGUUCUAAAUUUCCUCCUUUCCGCUUCUCCGUAGAAUUCCACGACAUCGAUCUGCUGCGGAUGAAUAAACGUGUCUACUCACAAACGGUCUAUUACGCGGGUUCGUAUUGGAACGUUUACAUCGAAAAAGUUCGUUCAAAGAAAAACAGUAAGCUUCGUCAAUUGGGAGUUUAUCUACACCGUGCUUCUGAGCAUGCAACGAUGCGAAUGCUUAAUGGUUCAGAUUCCCGCUACGCUGAUACACAAAGCACGCGUGUAUCUUCGUACAGUUCGCAGACACAGGACUCGCUCGAUUCAUUCACCCAAAAUUCGCAGGACGAGACAGAACGGAGUGUUAUGAAUUCGAGCCCCGCUGAAAUAGAUUCACCUACGGUAUACCUUGACAACCGGCACAUUGUCAUGAGUUACUUCAGCGUUUACUCUCCAGCGAGCGAAGGAAACAUUGGCAUGUCGUACUUUGUUGCUUCAGCGGAUACGUUCGAGAAUGGACAAAGUUGGGGCUGGAAGAGCUCGACCUUGUAUAAUCAAAAUGAGCUAAGUCGUUCUAUCAAAUUUGUCAUUGUGCUUGGUCUUGUGUAA